UAAUAGCCUACUCAUCAUUAUCGAUGAUAUUUCCUCGCAAUUCUCCGUGAAGACGCUCUGCAGUUCCUAGUCCAAGUCUUUCUCCAAGAGCAUGACUCAGUAUAAUACACCAUUAAACAAAGAUCCCUCCCCCACUCUCUCUCUCUCUCUCUCUCUCUCUCUCUCUCUCCUUUUAUUUGCAUUGUUUAAUAAUUAAUAUUUGAUAAUUUUCUCCUUUUGCUCUUUCGGUUUUGAUAAGUGAAAGCAAGCACUGAUAGAAUUGCAAGGUCACCUAAUCCAAUACCCAUUUCUUCAACGUUUUGAAUUUUGACAUCACCUAGAGCUUCAAACUAUUAAAAGUAUUUUCAUUCCCCAAAAUCCAAGUGCCAUUUAGCAAGUUCUUUCGUUCAAGAUUAAAAAUUUUUCAAAAAAAUGUCUGCUUUAGAAAUGUCCCACAUCGAUUUGGAGCAGGGGAGCCACAGCCGUUCCGUCACGGGAAGUGAUGACUCCUGCUUUUCUGAUGCAGAAGAUGGGUCUUGCUACUCUCAAUUUUAUUCUACCACGGGUGGCUCCUAUGACGAUUACGCUUUCGCUUGUGUCUCUGAUCCUGAGAUUAUAGACGGUGUGGUUCCGGAUUCUAGGAGGGUAUCGUCUGUGUCUGAUUGCUCUGUGGAGGUGGAGAUUGAGGGUCGGGUAACUGAGAUAAAGGUGCAUUUGGAUAAGUUGGAGAGGGAUUGUAGGAUAUGCCAUCUGGGUCUGGAGAGCAAUAGCCAUGAAUCCGGGGUUCCCAUUGAAUUAGGUUGUUCUUGUAAGGAUGAUUUGGCUGCUGCUCAUAAACAGUGUGCUGAGGCUUGGUUCCAGAUUAAAGGAAACAAGACCUGUGAGAUUUGUCAUUCCAUUGCUCGUAAUGUGGUUGGAGUAAAUGAAAUUGAGAAAAAAGAGCAAUCAAAUGAGGCAAACAAUGCUACUGCAGUGGCUGCAGCCCCAGCAUCAGCACACCAUUCAGAAACUCAAAGCUUCUGGCAUGGCCAUCGCUUCCUGAAUAGUCUACUUGUGUGCGUGGUAUUUUCAUUUGUCAUAUCAUGGCUCUUUCACUUUAAUGUUCCAUCCUCAUAAACUGUGAAACGUAUUGAGACCAAAUAUAUAUAUAGAAGAAGAAGAAGAAGAAGAAGAAGAAGGAAGAGCAUCAAUGAGAAGAAAGAAUAGUUGCAGAAUAGCAAAGCUUGCAGAAUUUGUUGCUGUAUUGUCGAUGAACAAAAUAGUUGAGAACCUAAAGGGUUUCAUAGGUAGUCACACAACCUUGUUUUUCACUUUAUACCACAGAGAACUCUGCCUUGAAAAUUACUUAUAGUUUCAAAUGCUUGGAUAUUGGAUUGAUUUGCUCUGAGUGUUGUAGUCUGCCGUUCAUCGUUAAUGCUAAGCAUGUCCCCAAUCCACAAUUUGCUUUGUGAAACAAUUAUGAAAAACUCUUGGUUGUUGCCUUUU